AUGGACACUGGCGUCAUUGGCCCUGUCACCGUCAUGGACAGCUUCGUGUCGAAGUUUGGGAGUCAAUCUGCAACCGUCCACGGAUUAAUAGUCUCAUCCAUCCUCAUUCCAGCAGCUAUAUCGUCCUUCUUCGCAGGCUACUUGGCAGAUAAGCUGGGCAGACCGACGGGAAUCAGUAUCGGGGCUUUGAUUUUCGGUAUCGGCGCUGCUAUCGAAGGUGCAGCGGCCCAACUUGCCAUGUUCAUUGUCGGGAGGUGCAUUGAGGGUAUAGGCGAGGGCCUGUACCUGGGUACGCUGGUCGUGUACAUCUGCGAGAUCUCUCCAACGAGCGUAAGAGGCGCAUUAGCCACCGGGCCGCAAUUGCUCAUCACUCUUGGUCUAGUGAUUGGCUUCUUCACCUGCUACGGAACCGCCCGUCUCGAGUCUUCCUUCUCGUGGCGCACACCGUACCUCAUCCUCGCAUGUCUCUCCGUCCUCUUCUCAGCCGCCUCAUUCCUCUUCCUCGUCCCGUCCCCCCGCUGGCUGACACUCCACGGCCGCCACGAGGAGGCCGCAAGGACAUGGGACCUCCUCGGCGUCGGCCAAGCUGAACGCGAGAAGGUGGAAGUUGAACAGACCCGACAAGCGAGAACCCAGAUCCAGGUCCUCCCCGCCGGCCCAGCAACCACUCUAACCCCGGAUCUUACCACACAAAUCCCCACCCCGCCGCAACCACCCCUCAAACCAGCCAGCCACAAGCUCCUUGACAUCUUCUCCAAGGACGUCCGCGCCCGCACCGCCCUCGCCGUCUUCCUCAUGGGCUUCCAGCAGCUCUCCGGCAUCGACGGCGUCCUCUACUACGCCCCGCUCCUCUUCGAACAAGCCGGCCUCACCUCCUCGACCGCCACUUUCUUCGCCUCGGGCGUCUCCGCCCUCGUCAUCUUCGCCGUGACCAUCCCAGGCCUCCUCUGGGCCGACCGCUGGGGCCGCAGACACAGCAUCAUCGCCGGCGGCAUCGGCCUCAGCACAACCAUGUUCCUCAUCGGCGCCCUCUACGCCGCCGACGCCGUCCACCCAUCCUCCGGCCCCGGCCGCUGGCUCGUCAUCGUCGCCAUCUACCUCUUCGCCGUCAUCUUCUCCCUCACCUGGGCCAUCGGCAUCAAAGUCUACGCCGCGGAGAUCCAGCCCCAGCGCACCCGCGCCUCGGCCACCGGUCUCGCGCACGGCAGCAACUGGGUCACUAAUUUCCUGGUCGCGCUGACGACCCCCAUCCUCCUGUCCAAGAGUAGUUUCGGCGCGUACUUUCUCUUCGGCGGGUGUACGCUGCUGACGGCGUUGGUUUGCGCUAUCUUCAUGCCGGAGACUAAGGGGAAGUCGCUUGAUGAGAUCGAGGAGGCGUUCAAGUCCAAGUCGCUGGGCUCGCAUUUUGCAAAGGCCAUCAGGCCCAUCACCCGGUCAUCGAAUUGA